AUGGCCAUCUGCUACGACACAAACGGCAACCAAGACACAUCCCAAUUUCCCUGCUCGGCAGACGGCGAACCCGCACAAUGCUGCGAACUGGGCCAGUAUUGCGCAUCCAACGGCCUCUGCGUCAACAACGGCACCAACGACGGCUUGACGCCAUACAGUAUCAAGGGCUGCAGUGUACAGGAUUGGACCGACGGAGGCGUUGAUACAUGUACCAAUGAGUGUGUUGCUGGCGGAGGAGUCGGCGUCUCAGCCUGCGGCUCAGGAAACUUCUGCUGCUACGGCUUCGGCGGAUGCGACUGCAACAACAGCACACAAGUAUUCUCCCUCGGCCCCGUCGAGAUCGUCGCCACAAUCACAGGCGCGUCAACCACCACCGCAGCAACAACCACACCAACCAGCACAACAACAUCAGACACAUCCACAACACCAACCGGCGACUCCUCGUCUCCCUCUUCCUCAAGCCAUCUCGGCCUCGGCCUAGGCGUCGGUCUCGGCGUCGGCAUUCCCCUCCUCAUAGCCGCCAUCUUCAUCCCGCUCUUCCUCCGCCGAAGACGUGCGAACAGGGCCCCUGUCAUGGCAUCAGAUAAGGGCGGUUACUACCAGCCUCCGCCGGCACAGGGACAGGUCGAGCCUGACGGGUCAUAUUUUGCGGCUCAGCAGCAGCCGCAUCUGGGUGGGCAGACGCCCUAUGAGCACAAAAUUGGCCCUGUGUCGCCGGGGCAGGCACCUCCGUACACGGAGCACCAGGCUUAUGAGAUGGCGCAUGAGCCGGUGCAGCAGCAGCCUCAUGAGUUGCAAUAA